CGGCGGCAGAGGCGGCGGCUCCAGCUCCGGCUCCGGCUCCAGCUCGGGUGGCGGUGGCGGGAGUGGGAUCCGGUGGCGGCGGCGGCGGCAGAAGAGGAGCGGGAGCAGCGGCCCCAGAGGCUUGGGGGGACAUGCGGACCGACGGCCCCUGGAUAGGCGGAAGGAGCGGAGGCCCCGGUGCCCUGCCCUCAGUGCUGCUUGUCCAAGAGUGACUGGCGUGAGUGAGCGGAAACCUGGUUGAUUGUCCCAGGCUGUGGUUGGCCGAGGUGCUAGAGCCCCGGAUGACCCCUGAGCCAGCCCCAGGGAGGACGAUGGUGCCCCUCGUCCCUGCACUUGUGAUGCUUGGUUUGGUGGCAGGUGCCCAUGGUGACAGCAAACCUGUCUUCGUCAAGGUCCCCGAGGACCAGACUGGAUUGUCAGGAGGGGUGGCCUCCUUCGUGUGCCAAGCCACGGGGGAACCCAAGCCGCGCAUCACAUGGAUGAAGAAGGGGAAGAAAGUCAGCUCCCAGCGCUUUGAGGUCAUUGAGUUUGAUGACGGGGCAGGGUCUGUGCUGCGGAUCCAGCCGUUGCGGGUGCAGCGAGACGAAGCCAUCUAUGAGUGCACGGCCACCAACAGUCUGGGGGAGAUCAACACCAGUGCCAAGCUCUCAGUGCUCGAAGCGGAACAGCUGCCCGAUGGGUUCCCCUCCAUCGACAUGGGGCCUCAGCUGAAGGUGGUGGAGAAGGCCCGCACGGCCACCAUGCUGUGCGCAGCAGGCGGGGAUCCAGACCCUGAGAUCUCUUGGUUCAAGGACUUUCUCCCUGUGGACCCAGCCGCGAGCAACGGCCGCAUCAAGCAACUGCGUUCAGGUGCCUUGCAGAUUGAGAGCAGCGAGGAGUCGGACCAAGGCAAGUACGAGUGUGUGGCGACCAACUCUGCAGGCACUCGUUACUCGGCCCCUGCCAACCUAUACGUGCGAGUGCGCCGCGUGGCUCCGCGUUUCUCCAUCCCUCCCAGCAGCCAGGAGGUGAUGCCAGGCGGCAGUGUGAACCUGACAUGCGUCGCUGUUGGCGCACCCAUGCCCUACGUGAAGUGGAUGAUGGGGGCGGAAGAGCUCACCAAGGAGGACGAGAUGCCAGUCGGCCGCAACGUGCUGGAGCUCAGCAACGUGGUGCGCUCCGCCAAUUACACCUGCGUGGCCAUCUCCUCCCUGGGCAUGAUCGAGGCCACGGCCCAGGUCACCGUGAAAGCCCUGCCGAAGCCUCCAGUUGACCUGGUGGUGACAGAGACCACUGCCACCAGCGUCACGCUGACGUGGGACUCCGGGAACUCGGAGCCCGUAUCCUACUACGGCAUCCAGUACCGCCCAGCGGGCGCGGAGGGCCCCUUCCAGGAGGUGGACGGCGUGGCCACCACCCGCUACAGCAUCGGCGGCCUGAGCCCUUUCUCAGAGUAUGCCUUCCGCGUGCUGGCGGUGAACAGCAUCGGGCGCGGGCCACCCAGCGAGGCAGUGCGGGCGCGCACGGGGGAGCAGGCGCCCUCCAGCCCCCCGCGCCGCGUGCAGGCGCGCAUGCUGAGCGCCAGCACCAUGCUGGUGCAGUGGGAGCCACCCGAGGAGCCCAACGGCCUGGUGCGGGGCUACCGCGUCUACUACACCCCCGACUCCCGCCGCCCGCUGAGCGCCUGGCACAAGCACAACACGGACGCCGGGCUCCUCACCACCGUGGGCAGCCUGCUGCCCGGCAUCACCUACAGCCUGCGCGUGCUGGCCUUCACCGCCGUGGGCGACGGCCCCCCCAGCCCCACCAUCCAGGUCAAGACGCAGCAGGGAGUGCCUGCCCAGCCCGCGGACUUCCAGGCCGAGGCGGACUCAGACACCAGGAUCCAGCUCUCGUGGCUGCUGCCCCCUCAGGAGCGGAUCGUCAAGUAUGAGCUGGUGUACUGGGCAGCAGAGGAUGAGGGCCAGCAGCACAAGGUGACCUUCGACCCCACAUCCUCCUACACCGUAGAGGACCUGAAGCCCGACACACUGUACCGCUUCCAGCUGGCCGCCCGCUCUGAGCUGGGGGUGGGGGUCUUCACCCCGACUGUUGAGGCUCGCACGGCGCAGUCCACCCCCUCCGCACCCCCCCAGAAGGUGACGUGUGUGAGCGUGGGCUCCACCACCGUCCGGGUAAGUUGGGUCCCGCCACCGGCCGACAGCCGCAACGGCGUCAUCACCCAGUACUCAGUGGCCUAUGAGGCGGUGGACGGCGAGGACCGCGGGCGGCACGUGGUGGACGGCAUCGGCCGCGAGCACUCCAGCUGGGACCUGGUGGGCCUGGAGAAGUGGACGGAGUACCGGGUAUGGGUGCGGGCGCACACGGACGUGGGCCCCGGCCCCGAGAGCAGCCCGGUGCUGGUCCGCACCGACGAGGACGUGCCCAGUGGGCCACCGCGGAAGGUGGAGGUGGAGCCACUCAACUCCACUGCCGUGCGCGUCUCCUGGAAGCUGCCUGUCCCCAGCAAGCAGCAUGGCCAGAUCCGCGGCUACCAGGUCACCUACGUGCGGCUGGAGAACGGCGAGCCCCGUGGCGCCCCCAUCAUCCAGGACGUCAUGCUGGCCGAGGCCCAGUGGCAGCCAGAGGAGUCGGAGGACUAUGAAACCACCAUCAGCGGCCUGACCCCGGAGACCACCUACUCCAUCACCGUGGCCGCCUACACCACCAAGGGGGACGGUGCCCGCAGCAAGCCCAAAAUUGUCACGACCACGGGGGCAGUCCCAGGACGGCCCACCAUGAUGGUCAGCACCACGGCCAUGAACACGGCGCUGCUCCAGUGGCACCCGCCCAAGGAGCUGCCCGGGGAGCUCCUGGGCUACCGGCUGCAGUACCGCCGAGCUGACGAGGCGCGGCCCAACACCAUCGAUUUUGGCAAGGAUGACCAGCACUUUACGGUCACUGGCCUGCACAAAGGGGCCACCUACAUCUUCCGGCUCGCUGCCAAGAACCGGGCCGGCCUGGGCGAGGAGUUUGAGAAGGAAAUCACGACCCCCGAGGACGUGCCCAGCGGUUUCCCCCAAAACCUGCGCGUGAUAGGGCUGACCACAUCUACCACGGAACUGAUCUGGGACCCCCCAGUGUUGGCGGAGAGGAACGGGCGCAUCACCAACUACACCGUGGUGUACCGUGACAUCAAUAGCCAGCAGGAGCUUCAGAACGUCACUGCCGACACCCAUCUGACGCUCUCCGGCCUCAAGCCAGAUACCACAUACGACAUCAAGGUCCGCGCACGCACCAGCAAAGGCGCCGGCCCGCUCAGCCCCAGCAUCCAGUCCCGGACCAUGCCCGUGGAGCAAGUGUUUGCCAAGAACUUCCGUGUGGAGGCUGCAAUGAAGACAUCCGUGCUGCUCAGCUGGGAGGUGCCCGACUCCUACAAGUCAGCAGUGCCCUUCAGGAUCCUGUACAAUGGGCAGAGCGUGGAGGUGGACGGGCACUCCAUGCGGAAGCUGAUCGCAGACCUGCAGCCCAACACUGAAUACUCAUUUGUGCUGAUGAACCGCGGCAGCAGCGCGGGGGGCCUGCAACACCUCGUGUCCAUCCGCACGGCCCCCGACCUCCUGCCGCACAAGCCACUGCCGGCCUCAGCCUACGUCGAGGACGGCCGCUUCACCCUCACCAUGCCCCACGUGCAGGACCCCUCACUCGUCAGGUGGUUCUACAUCAUGGUGGUGCCCAUCGACCGCAUGGCAGGGAGCAUGCUGGCGCCACAGUGGAGCACGCCCGAGGAGCUGGAGCUGGACGAGCUGCUGGAGGCCAUCGAGCAGGGCGGCAGGGAGCGGCGCCGGCGGCAGACGGAGCGGCUGAAGCCAUAUGUGGCCGCUCAGGUGGACGUUCUCCCGGAGACCUUCACCCUAGGGGACAAGAAGAACUACCAGGGCUUCUACAACCGGCCGCUGUCUCCAGACCUGAGCUACCAGUGCUUUGUGCUCGCCUCCCUGAAGGAACCCGUGGACCAGAAGCGCUAUGCCUGCAGCCCCUACUCCGACGAGAUCGUGGUCCAGGUGACACCAGCCCAGCAGCAGGAGGAACCCGAGCUGCUGUGGGUGACGGGCCCUGUCCUGGCAGUCAUCCUCAUCGUCCUCAUUGUCAUCGCCAUUCUUCUGUUCAAGAGGAAAAGGACCCACUCCCCAUCGUCCAAGGACGAGCAGUCAAUUGGGCUGAAGGACUCCUUGCUGGCCCACUCCUCCGACCCUGUGGAGAUGCGGCGGCUCAACUACCAGACCCCAGGUUCCAGUGUCCCCAGUUGCCCGAAUAUCUCAAGUAUGCGAGACCACCCGCCCAUCCCCAUCACCGACCUAGCUGACAACAUCGAGCGCCUCAAAGCCAAUGACGGCCUCAAGUUCUCCCAGGAGUACGAGUCAAUUGACCCGGGACAGCAGUUCACGUGGGAGAAUUCAAACCUGGAGGUGAACAAGCCGAAGAACCGCUACGCCAACGUCAUUGCUUACGACCACUCUCGAGUCAUCCUUACCUCCAUCGACGGUGUCCCCGGGAGCGACUACAUCAACGCCAACUACAUCGACGGCUACCGCAAGCAGAACGCCUACAUUGCCACGCAGGGCCCGCUGCCUGAGACCAUGGGCGAUUUCUGGCGGAUGGUGUGGGAACAGCGCACAGCCACUGUGGUCAUGAUGACGCGGCUGGAGGAGAAGUCCCGGGUGAAAUGUGAUCAGUACUGGCCGGCUCGUGGCACCGAGACCUACGGCCUCAUCCAGGUGACCCUGCUGGACACAGUGGAGCUGGCCACCUAUACUGUGCGCACCUUUGCGCUCUACAAGAGUGGCUCCAGUGAGAAGCGGGAGCUGCGUCAGUUCCAGUUCAUGGCCUGGCCAGACCACGGAGUCCCCGAGUACCCGACCCCGAUCCUGGCCUUCCUGCGGCGGGUUAAGGCUUGCAACCCCCUAGACGCAGGGCCCAUGGUGGUGCACUGCAGCGCGGGCGUGGGCCGCACGGGCUGCUUCAUCGUCAUUGACGCCAUGCUGGAGCGGAUGAAGCACGAGAAGACAGUGGACGUCUAUGGCCACGUGACGUGCAUGCGGGCGCAGCGCAACUACAUGGUGCAGACCGAGGACCAGUACGUGUUCAUCCACGAGGCGCUGCUGGAGGCCGCCGCGUGCGGGCACACGGAGGUGCCUGCCCGCAGCCUCCAUGCCCACAUCCAGAAGCUGGGCCAAGUGCCGCCCGGGGAGAGCGUGACUGCCAUGGAGCUGGAGUUCAAGCUGCUGGCCAACUCCAAGGCCCACACAUCCCGCUUCAUCAGCGCCAACCUGCCCUGCAACAAGUUCAAGAACCGCCUGGUGAACAUCAUGCCCUACGAACUGACCCGUGUGUGUCUGCAGCCCAUCCGCGGCGUGGAGGGCUCUGAUUACAUCAAUGCCAGCUUCCUGGAUGGCUAUAGACAGCAGAAGGCCUACAUAGCCACACAGGGGCCUCUGGCGGAGAGCACCGAGGACUUCUGGCGCAUGUUGUGGGAGCACAACUCCACCAUCAUCGUCAUGCUGACCAGGCUUCGGGAGAUGGGCAGGGAGAAAUGCCACCAGUACUGGCCUGCAGAGCGCUCUGCUCGCUACCAGUACUUUGUUGUCGACCCGAUGGCCGAGUACAACAUGCCCCAGUAUAUUCUCCGAGAGUUCAAGGUCACGGACGCCCGGGAUGGGCAGUCGAGGACGAUCCGGCAGUUCCAGUUCACAGACUGGCCAGAGCAGGGCGUGCCUAAGACGGGCGAGGGCUUCAUCGACUUCAUCGGGCAGGUGCACAAGACCAAGGAGCAGUUCGGGCAGGACGGGCCCAUCACGGUGCACUGCAGUGCUGGUGUGGGCCGCACCGGGGUGUUCAUCACACUGAGCAUCGUCCUGGAGCGGAUGCGCUACGAAGGCGUGGUUGACAUGUUCCAGACCGUGAAGACCCUGCGCACACAGCGCCCGGCCAUGGUGCAGACGGAGGACCAGUACCAGCUGUGCUACCGCGCGGCCCUGGAGUACCUCGGCAGCUUUGACCACUAUGCAACGUAACUACCGCCCCCUCUCCUCCGCCACCCCCGCCUGGGGGCUCCGGAGGGGACUCAGCUCCUCUGAGCCAUACCGACCAUCGUCCAGCCCUCCUGCACGGAUGCUGUUGGGACCACAGCAUUUCAGGAACAUUGCCACACCGCACAGAGAGCCCAGAACUACCCUGGGCGAGGGGGUGGGCCCGCAGGCAGGCGCCACGGCGCAGUCUCUGUCCACCGCUAGGCCUGCCCCGGAGCCACUGCGAACUCUCUGUUCUGCUGACGCGGUUCUCAUGCUUCUCAUGGGGUGGGGGGAUGGGAGCAAAGCCUCCCUUUUUAUACAUUAAGUGGGAUUAUAGACAGGGAUUAUAGCCUCUUCCCUCUGACUUUUCUUUUUGCAAAUUCUUAACUGCAGACUGGGCUGCUGUGGGGGACGGGGGAGUAGUUUGUUUUCUCCUUGAGUUCACUUUGGAUCCUUUCCUUUGGUACGCCUUUCGCUGCUGCAGGACGGAGCGUGCCUUCCCCAUGUGUGUGGAGCCGGGGCCGCCAGCCUGAGCGGAGGCACCGCUGAUCUGGCUGCCCUUCCAGUCCUGCUGACAAGACCCUGUUUCAGCCAAGGGCAGGGAAACACAUUCGGGGGGUUUAAUUUCUGUUCCAUUUUUCCGUAAGAGCCUUAUUUGAGGCCCCACAGACAGUGGUGGGGGAGAGGAAACGGGAAGCCCUCGCCCCAGUCGUCUAUUCCAGUGCGUGCGUAACAUUCGCAGCCCAGACCCACAGAUAUGUCUGGGGGAGCAGGCGUUCCUCAUCACCAUCGUGUUUUGCAAAGGUUAAAGAUAAAGCAAAGAUGAAAAACAAACAAAAAAAUCCAAAAAAAGAGAGAAAACCCAAGAAAAAAAAGAGAGGUACCCCCUGGCCUCUGCUUCAAACCCCUGAGAGGGUAGGUGACUCUGGGUGCCUGGGGGUUCCCUCUGGGAGCCCUGCCUUUUGUCUGGCAUUGCAGGAUGGCACGGUAUUGGUAGGCUGUGGGUCUGCCCACAUGGCCGAGACGGUGGGCACUGGUCAGGGUGUGUGCCAUGCCCCACACAAGCAGGGGUGCGGCUGGCCGUUCAGGUCCAGGCCAGUGGGCCUGGUAGCACAUGUCUGUCCUCCGAGCGGGGGCCAGAUGACUUCCUUCCCUGGUUUGCAGCUGUCUUCAAAGCCCCCAAGGAGCUCUCUUUUCCACUCCUUCAAGAUGCCCUCCUAAACCAAUGUGGCAAGACUACUGGACUUCUCUCAAUGGUACUAUCCUCAACCCUUAUUAUCUCGGCUUGCUGAGGGGCAGGGAGAGGGCCUCUUCCUCUGGGCAGCACUAUCUAGGUAGGUAAGUGGGGGCGGGAAGGGUGCAUAGCUGUUUUAGCCGAGGGACGCGAGACGGACGUCCCCAGGUCUAGCUAGGCUGUCAAGACCAACAGUCCAGGGUUGGUGAUGUUGAGUGAGACAUUCGUUUUUACCUUGUGGACGCUAGUGCUGUAGAGCUCACUGUUGUACACAAGUCUGUUUUCUAUUUGUUAAGGAAACUACAGCAUCAUUGCAUAAUUCUUGAUGGUAUUAAAUUUGAAUAAUCAGAUUUCUUACAAAUCGG